AUUUUAAAAAGUGAUGGAAAUGCUGUGCGUCCCGAAAAACAGUGCGGUGCUGGCUUUAAGCCUUCUAGUGCAAGUGUGCAGUGCGGGUAUUGGUAUUAUGGUAGGCGGACCCGUGCUAUCCCGAGAUGAGGACGACUGGGAACCGGUGUACCGGAUAUACGAAGGCCAAGAGUGGGACUCCCACGACGACUACCUCAGUCAAGAACGCGGCGCGCGCUUCGGCGACAAGGACGACUCGCAGUUCCGCUCCUGGAAACUCGACCAGUGGCACCACGACAAGAUACACAAGGUGAAAGUGGAGCUCUAUGACGACGGCGACGAGGUGGCGGAAUUCGAGUUCGAGGGCACCAUGCAGAACCUUACCAGCUUCUUCUCGCCUGCCAAUCUUCGCCGAUCCUCUUACGGCGACAUCCCCGAUGGGCUCAGCGGCACUCGCUUCCCAGGCGACGACUUCAGCUUUGACGGUGACGACGACUCCCGCCACUGGGCGAUCAGUUCAGUCCAUAAGGGCGAUUGUCGAAAUGACGAGGGCUGGAUACAGGUGAUCGACAAGCCCACGCCAGGUCGCGACCGCUGUGUCUGCGGCUAUGAGAACGUGGCAAAAUACCCAACCAUCAUGUACGCAAAGGAAAACCGAAAGGCACGCUGGGGCGAUAGAAACGCCGUUGGUCACGCGGACAUGAUGCAGGUGUCCGUGAGUCACGUGCCGUACCCCGCGCGCCAGCAGCCACGUGCCCCAGUUAUGCAACAGCCCGUGGUGAUGUCUCAACAGCCACCACAGAUGAUGCCCCAACAGCCACCACAGAUGAUGCAACCGCAGCCACCGAUGAUGCAACCGCAGAUGGUGCAACAGCAACCUGGGAUGAUGCCUAUGUUUCCACAACAAGUCGCCAUGUAUUCCGGGGAUGAUGGAAAAUAAACAUAAAAGUGGU